AUGCCCUUGGCAGCACGCACAGUCGGCCACAAGCUCUUCAUCGGUGCCCACGUCUCGGCCGCCGGAGGUGUUCCCAAUGCUGUCCAGAACGCUGUCCAUAUUGGCGCAAACGCUUUUGCUCUAUUCUUGAAGUCUCAGCGGAAAUGGGCCAAUCCUCCACUGGACGAGACUCACUCUGUCAACUUCCAUGCUCAUUGCGACAAACAUGACUUUGACCAAAAUUCACAUGUCGUUCCACACGGCUCAUACCUGGUCAAUCUAGCACACACCGAUCCAGAGCGUACCAAACAAGCCUACGACUCGUUCCUUGACGACCUCAAGCGUUGUGAGAAGCUGGGUAUCUCACUCUACAACUUCCAUCCCGGAAACAGCGUGGGUGGUGAUCGUGAUGCUGCCAUUGCCCACCUGGCUAGCAACCUCAAUCGCGCACACAAGGAAACUUCAAAGGUCAUCACGUUGCUCGAAAACAUGGCUGCGGGUGGAAACGUCAUUGGCUCGACCUUCGAAGACUUGCGCGAUGUCAUCAAUCUAAUCCACGACAAGUCUCGUGUAGGCGUCUGUCUAGACACCUGCCACGCCUUUGCGGGCGGCUACGAUCUACGCACCUCCGAGACCGUCGAGUCAACCUUCUCUGCCUUUGACAAAACAGUGGGUAUGAACUACCUACGCGCCCUGCAUCUCAACGACAGCAAAGCACCCUUCUCAAGUCAUAGAGACCUCCACGCAAACAUCGGCACCGGCUUCCUAGGUCUCCGCGGCUUCCACGCCAUCAUGAACGACUCACGUGUUAUCGGCCUCCCCAUGGUCCUCGAGACUCCCAUCGACGUCCGCGACGAGAACGGAUCCAUCUGGGCCCGUGAAAUCAAGUUGCUGGAGAGCCUUGUGGGUAUGGAUGUCGAGGGCGAUGAGUUCAAGCAGUUAGAAGAUAAGCUGCAGAAAAUGGGUAAGGUGGAACGAGAUAGGAUUGCCGAGCAAGUGGAGAAGAAAACCACAAAGGUCAAGGAUAAGGAAGACAAGGCAAAGGCUAAACAGACCAAGCUCAACUUUGGCAAAGCCGCUGCUGCUCCGGCGAAGAAAGGCAAGAAGGCGAAGAAAGAGGUUGAUGAUGAGCAGAGUGAUGCUUCAUUAUCGAGUGCACCUCCCUCGGAUAACGAGGAUUGA